CUCCUCCCAUUCUCUUCAAACCCAGAGCAUUUGAAUACAAAGCAUUUCUCUCUACUGAUCUCUAUAUUUUAGUUUAAAAAAUCCCAGAAUGGCUACAAGCUCUUUAGCCCACUUUGCUGUUACAUUCUUAAUAGUGAUUUCAUUCUUUAAUGUUUGUUUUGCUUCCAGAAAGCUGAAUGCUUUAUACCAAGAACAGCCAAACCAGCUUCUGCAAUACCACAAAGGCCCACUGCUCUCCGGCAAGAUCUCAGUCAACUUGAUCUGGUACGGCAAAUUCAAGCCUUCCCAAAGAGCCAUCAUCUCCGACUUCUUCACUUCUCUCUCCGGCUCUCAAAAAAGCCAGCCUUCCGUCGCCACCUGGUGGAAAUCCACCGAGAAGUACUACUCGCUCGCUAAUUCCAAGAAACCUCUUUCCCUCUACUUGAAAAAGCAAGUCCUUGACGAGAGCUACUCGUUAGGGAAAUCGUUGACUCAGGAACAACUCGUUAGCCUUGCCUCUAAGGGUGAGGUCAAGGACGCCGUCAAUGUAGUGCUGACCGCCGCUGAUGUCGCCGUUGCCGGAUUCUGUAUGAACCGGUGCGGAACGCACGGUUCUUACAGUUCCAAAACUGCCCACGUCAAGGGGAAGAACAACAAGUUCGCCUAUAUCUGGGUUGGAAACUCAGAAACUCAGUGCCCAGGAUACUGCGCCUGGCCCUUCCACCAGCCCGUUUACGGCCCGCAGAGCCCGCCGCUGGUUGCGCCUAACAACGACGUCGGUUUGGACGGAAUGGUGAUUAACUUGGCCAGCCUGCUCGCCGGAACCGCUACAAACCCAUUUGGAAACGGAUACUACCAGGGAGAGGCCGGCGCGCCGCUUGAGGCCGCUUCCGCUUGUCCAGGAGUUUAUGGAAAAGGAGCUUAUCCGGGUUACGCUGGUGACUUAUUGACCGACCCGACAACGGGUGCAAGCUACAAUGCACAUGGUACAAAUGGGAGGAAAUACUUGCUUCCUGCUUUGUAUGAUCCUUCCACCUCGUCGUGUUCCACUUUGGUUUGAGAGGGGAAAAAGCAUUUAGAGCAGAAUCUGCAGGGGAUUAACUAUAUUACAUGUAGAAAAUUUUAUGUAAUUUAUUCAUUUGUUUAUUUGUUUCAAAUUAUAUAAUAGAAAAGAAAUUUAAUUUA